GCAGGUCGCGAAAAAUAGUCAACGAAUCAACAAGAAAAUACUUUGAAAAAUCUCCCCUCAAAAGUUGACAGACCAGACAUCGAACCAUGGGCGACAUGUUCCGGAGCGAGCAGAUGGCCCUGUGCCAGCUGUUCAUCCAGCCGGAGGCGGCCUACGCCUCCAUAGCGGAGCUCGGCGAGCGGGGAUGCGUCCAGUUCCGGGACCUCAACGAGGAGGUCAGCUCCUUCCAGCGCAAGUACGUGACGGAGGUGCGGCGCUGCGACGACAUGGAGCGCCGCCUGCGCUACGUGGAGGCCGAGAUGAAGCGGGACAAGAUCGAGCUGCCGCAGCUGCGCGACGAGGAGGAGCCGGCGGCACCCAAUCCGAGGGAGGCCGUCGACCUGGAGGCCCAGCUGGAGAAGACGGAGAACGAGCUGCGCGAGAUGGCGGCCAACGGGGCCAGCCUGAAGGCGAACUUCACGCACAUGCAGGAGCUGAAGUGCGUGCUGGAGAACACCGAGGGCUUCUUCUCCGACCAGGAGAUCCUCAACCUGGACUCCAACCGGCAGGUGGACCCCAACGAUCCCGCCCAGCUGGCCGGCGGACAGCGCGGGCAGCUGGCCUUCGUGGCGGGCGUGAUCAAGCUGGAGCGGUUCUUCUCGUUCGAGCGGAUGCUGUGGCGCCUCUCGCGGGGCAACAUCUUCCUGCGGCGCUGCGACAUCGAGGGCCUGUGCGACGACGAGGAGAGCGGCCAGCCGGUGCUGAAGACCGUCUUCGUGGCCUUCUUCCAGGGCGAGCAGCUGAAGCAGCGCGUGAAGAAGGUCUGCUCGGGCUACCACGCCUCCGUCUAUCCCUGCCCCAGCUCCCAUGCCGAGCGGGCGGACAUGAUCAAGGACGUGAACGUGCGCCUCGAGGACCUCAAGAUGGUGCUCAACCAGAGCGCCGACCACCGCUCCCGGGUGCUCACCUCGGCCUCGCGGCACCUGCCCCGCUGGUCGAUCAUGGUGCGCAAGAUGAAGGCCAUCUACCACAUCCUCAACUACUUCAAUCCGGACGUGACCGGCAAGUGCCUGAUCGGCGAGGGCUGGGUGCCGGCCAACGACCUAACUACGGUCCAGGAGGCGCUGGCGCGCGGCGCCAAGCAGUCGGAGAGCUCCAUACCGGCCUUCAUGAACGUGAUCGAGACGAACGAACAGCCGCCGACGUACACGCGGACGAACAAGUUCACCAACGGCUUCCAGAACCUGGUCGACUCCUACGGCAUGGCCUCCUACCGCGAGGUCAAUCCCGCCCUGUACGCCUGCAUCACGUUUCCCUUCCUGUUCGCCGUGAUGUUCGGCGACCUCGGGCACGGCCUCAUCCUGGUGCUGUUCGCCGCCUGGCUGAUCCUCAAGGAGCAGAAGCUGGCCGCCAUCAAGGAGGAGAUCUUCAACAUCUUCUUCGGCGGCCGCUACAUCAUCUUCCUGAUGGGUCUCUUCUCCAUCUACACGGGCUUCAUCUACAACGACGUCUUCUCCAAGUCGAUGAACAUCUUCGGCUCCGGCUGGAGCAUGAACUACACCGAGGCGGUGGUGGUUGACCCCAGCCUCAAGUAUCUGACCCUCCGGCCGAACGACACCUUCACCAAGCCGUAUCCCCUGGGCAUGGAUCCCAUCUGGCAGAUGGCCGACAACAAGAUCAUCUUCCUGAACACCUUCAAGAUGAAGCUGUCGAUCAUCUUCGGGGUCCUGCACAUGGUCUUCGGCGUGUCCAUGUCCGUCGUGAACUUCAUCCACUACCGGAAGUACGCGAGCAUCUUCCUGGAGUUCCUGCCGCAGGUGCUGUUCCUGCUGCUGCUCUUCGGCUACAUGGUGUUCAUGAUGUUCUUCAAGUGGAUCGUCUACAACGACACCGUCGAGGGCCCCCUGUCGCCGGCCUGCGCCCCCUCCAUACUCAUUCUGUUCAUCAACAUGAUCCUGCAGGGCAGCCAGGACACGCCGGAGCCCUGCAAGGAGUUCAUGUUCGAGGGCCAGAAGGACAUACAGAUGGUGUUCGUCGUGGUGGCGAUCAUCUGCAUUCCCUGGAUGCUGCUGGGCAAGCCGCUCUACAUCAUGGUCAAGCGUCGCGGCAGUCCGCCGGCUCUGCCGAAGCCCCAAGAAGGCGCCAACGGGGGCGGUGGCGACCAUGGCGGUCACGGCGAGGACGAGCCAAUGGGCGAGAUCUUCAUCCACCAGGCCAUACACACCAUCGAGUACGUGCUGAGCACGGUCUCCCACACGGCCUCGUACCUACGGCUGUGGGCUCUGUCCCUGGCCCAUGCCCAGCUCUCCGAAGUGCUGUGGAGCAUGGUCCUGGCCAAGGGCUUCAUAUUCGACAGCUAUAUCGGUGCCAUUGGCGUUUACCUGGUGUUCUGGGCCUGGUCCUCGCUCACCGUCGGCAUCCUGGUGCUCAUCGAAGGACUCUCGGCCUUCCUGCACACCCUCCGCCUGCACUGGGUGGAGUUCAUGAGCAAGUUCUAUGAGGGCGCUGGUUACGCCUUCGAGCCCUUUGCCUUUAAGACCAUUCUGGUGGACGACGAGGAUGCCUAGAGGGGGAGAGAGAGACAGAGAGAGAGGGGGGGAGAGAGCGCGCAGGACGCACUAGCCCAAAAACAUUUUCCGUUUAUUUGGUUUUCUUUUUUUAAAAGAAAAAAAUAAAAUUUUGUUUGAUAUGCAUACACCCAGAAA